AUGUUCCGUCUGCUGCCCUGGUCUUCCGCUGCUAGGGGUCAACCGGUAACUGCGCAGGAGCGAGCAGUGAAGGGCAUGGCUGUGUCGGAGCAGAGCCAGUUUCCCGCGCCGAGUCCCCGUUCACCAACACAGCAGAAGUUGAAGCGAAAAAGGUCCGAUUCUGCUGGCUCAGAAGUGACGAGGGAGGAUGAUAAGCCUGUGUCGCCAGAUGCUGCGGUUGUUGGCUUCCAACUAAGCACUCUGCGCGAUAUUACCGCAUCUGAGAGCAAUGACAUCGACCGUUCAAGAGAGACGCCAGACUCCGGAGUAGUGCCAGACCGACAGCCUUCCGAUCCCGACUCUGCGAGCGCCGCCAACAAGCUGGACAUACCCAGAAUCAGCGAUCUCCGGCAACCCAUGGCGGCGCGUACCAUGGACACCGAAGAGUUGCGCCAGACCCUGGAGUCGCAGCUUAGCCUGGAGGUCCUGCUGAAGCACGAUGAGCUACGGAUGAUAGAACAGGAGAUGGCAAAGUGCCAGGUCGCCCUGGAGCAGCUCCGUCGCUGUGGCGAGAUUCCGUACCCCGGAUCCGGUCUGACGGGGCCCUUGGCCGCUGUCAGCAAUGGUACUGGCCCUGCGGUGAUGCCACGCAGCAAUCCUCGUCCACCAGCUUCUCCCUCGCCUUGGGGUGCAAACAAUGGAGCCUAUACCCGCCACUAUGCCCGGUGGCUUCUCCCAGACCCUCGAUUCGACGGGGGCGAGGCUGACAUGGUGCCGUCAUCUGGCGCCGGCAAGAGCCCGCUAGAUGGGCGGACCACCCGUGCCGCAUGGGCUGACGCGACCACGGCAUCCUCACGCUCCCAGCGCGGUGCUGCUGGGGCUAAACUACAGGCCCUCUCGAGCGGAUACCCUCCACCAAAGGACAAAGUCGGCCCGAUGAUCAUAAAACGCAAGUCGGAUGGCCAGCUCGUCAAAUUGGUGUGCCUUGAUUGCAGGCGAGACAACUUCUCCAGCACGCAGGGUUUCAUCAAUCACUGCCGAAUUGCGCAUAACCGUAGUUUUGCGAGUCACGAUGCGGCAGCUGCCGCCUCGGGUGAGCCCGUCGAGGUUGACGAAGCUGGGACCGUAGUUGGCGGACAGAAUGAGGCGCCCGCCGCUGGCCCUGCCGGCUACGUGCAUCCCUUGAUUCGAUCUGCCCUUCAAACCGAUCCUGCCAAAGGGGCAAAACAAGGCCCGCAGACAAAGGCCAGCCCUCCCCUGCAGCAGCCCGUUAGUUCUUCUUCUUCUCAGCCGUUACCCAAGUCCCAUACGCCCAAACGGAAUUUCAAAGGGCCGAAUGUCUCUCCAGCUUCUACCUUCAAGGCCUCGCCACAGACGCCUCAUUUGUCUUCCUUGAUGCUCUGGAAGGGCAUUGACAUAGACCUAUCUCAUAUCGUGAACGAUGCCUUUACAAAGCCAGACAUCGACAUGCUUCUCUCUGAUGACAACUCAGACAGUGAGACAGAGGAUACACCCCACACUCAGGCGAAUCACGCUUCCUCCCAGCUCAGAAUUCGAAAUAACCGACUACCCACUCGCACAGUCUAUGCCUCCUCACAGCCUCAGAGACCCGGUAGCCGGAAAGGGAUGGAUAAACGGAGUCUCAACCAUCGAUCGCCCGCCCGCUUUCAGACAUCACCAACACUGCCUUCGUCGUCAGGACGCAUCACAGGAGAGAGGCACCUCCAGGCCGGUCGAGACAUCGACAUGGCCGACUCCAAUUCUCCAAACCUCAGUCCUAAUACUGUCGAAUCUAACCAGGCGCCGAGCCUAGUCAGCGAUGAUGGCGAUUACGAGGCCCCCUCAGAGUCCGAGAGCCCUAGCCCAAGCUCAUCCGGGUCAGAGAACGAAGGGAACAAAUUCGACGAUGUCGAAGUACAAGAUGGAGACGAUCCCAACGGUGAUUCCCAUGCGUCGAACUCUACAAGCCAUCUCUCUGGCCCUGCCAAACACCACACACAGCCUCCUAUACCUACAACCCCAACUCGACACGGCGCCACUAGAAAGGACGACUUGUCAGGAUCCAAGAAUGUAUCUCAUAUUAACACCAAGCCUAUCGCCCCGCCGAGUCGUGAUAGCAAGAAACGAUAUCGAUAG